AUGAAGACGAUCUUGAUUUUAUGCGCGUUAGUAUCGGUCGUUGUUUGCCGACCGGAAGAAUACUACAGCAGUCAAUAUGAUAAUUUUGACGUCGAGCAGCUGGUGGGCAACUUGCGCCUCUUGAAGAACUAUGCCAAGUGCUUCCUCGACCAAGGCCCCUGUACCGCCGAAGGAACAGAAUUUAAGAAAAGAAUCCCCGAGGCGCUUAGAACUAAAUGCGCCAAAUGCAACCCGAAACAGCGUCAUCUGAUCCGUACAGUGGUAAAGGCUUUCCAGACUAAACUGCCUGACCUGUGGGAAGAGCUUGCCAUAAAGGAGGACCCCAAGGGCCAAUACAAACAUGAAUUUACUGCUUUCAUCAACGCCAUGGACUAA